AUAACUUUAUUUUAUUAAUUGCCAGCCACGUGUAGCUACCUUUUGGCGCAUUUUGCUGUGAACAUAUGUUGUCAUGACAACGACAGAGAAGAAACCUAAUCCAAUUGUCUUUUUUGAUGUAUCCAUUGGUGGCCAUGAAGUUGGGAGGAUGAAGAUGGAACUUUUUGCCAACGUCGUACCAAAAACUGCUGAGAACUUUCGCCAGUUCUGUACAGGAGAGCUUCUGAAAGAAGGAGUACCCCAAGGAUAUAAGAACGCCACAUUCCAUCGGAUCAUUAAAGACUUUAUGAUUCAAGGAGGGGACUACAUCAAAGGCGACGGGACAGGAAGCAACAGUAUUUACGGACCAAGUUUCGCUGAUGAGAACUUUAAAUUCAAACAUGAUGGCCCUGGACUGCUCUCAAUGGCAAACAGUGGACCUAACACCAAUGGAUGUCAGUUUUUCAUAACCUGUGCCAAGUGCGAUUUUCUCGACGGGAAACAUGUGGUUUUUGGUAAAGUAGUUGAUGGAUUGCUGGUCAUGAGAAAAAUUGAAAACGUACCAACUGGUGCUAAUAAUAAGCCACGCCUACCUGUUGUCAUAACGCAAUGUGGGGAAAUGUAGAAAAGGAUCUAAUUUCAAACUUUUUUGAUAAAAUGGUACAAACAAUAGUAUAAAAAGUAAUAAUAAUAUUCAUUAAUAAUUAAUUGUCACAACAAAUGUUUAGUAAAGGAGA